AUGGCGGCGUCGGGCAUGUUGGAUGAGGUGGCUACGGCCUUGGAGGCCUUGGAGCGGGUCUUGCAGCAUGGCAGUGAUUUGGCAGGAUAUCGCGUCCCCUACAACUUUGAGCAAGAAGAACGUGUUUUGCGCUUCACCAUGCCAUUGCCCGGCAAUACCCCCAUCACCCGCCUCAAUGUAUGCCGCACCUGUUUAGGCCCAGUCAUCUCGAGCUGUGAUAUCAUCGUGUCCUUUGACGAUCAUGAGCUUGCGUUUGCAGGCAUUGAGUGGCUGCAGCAGGCUGCCACUCGUCAUCACGGCCAGGCCCUUUUGCAUCUGGCCAAGCUGUACGAGUCUGGUCACAGGCCUUACUCGUUGACCCUGUGCUUGGCGAUGUUUCAUUUGCUCAAUCAAGACGUUGCAUUGGCCGAGCGUUACAAUCGAUCGGCUCGUGCUCUGGACCCGACCAUGGCGGUGGCCUCCAACGCUGGCAGUGCUCAUGGCAGCGCCACCCCGCUGAGCAGGAGCGCCGUUACUUCCGCGCGCGCAACGCCAAGCCAUGAUGCUGCGGCACGCAACUCACCAGCUGUUCGACCUUCGCAUGCCCGGCGACCCGAGACGGCCGAGACCGCGCGGCAAUUAGAGUUUACCCCCGAAGACACAGCCGAGGCAAUGGAUGAGGACCUGCUGGAUGCUGUCAAACAGCGGGCCAUGAUGAUUCUUGGGGUGGGCGCCGCUGUCUUUGGCCUCGUCGUCAUGCACAUGCGACGCUAA